GUCCUGCUCUGCUAGGCAUACAUAUAUUUGGCCUAUCGCAGUGCAGUGCGGGACGUCGGCAAUUGCCACAAUUCAGCGUCUAGUUUCCUUGAAAAAAAGUGCCUUUAGAAAAAGGAAAAAAAAAAGCUUUAUGGAAGAAGUUUAGGAAAUUUUCUCCCACACGUGUGCGAAAAUAGAGCGAAAGCUCAUUAGUUGAUGCGGGAGAGGAGACGAAGAGGAGUCGGGAGAAACCGCGAAAGGGGAAGCCUGCGGGUUUUGUCUGAGCACCCCGUAUUAGCUGAGCCUGAAACCCAUACAGAAAACAAACAGUGGGGGGAGACAGUGGGGGAAGAAUUUAUCUCUAUUUUGAUUUGAUUCUAAAUGGACCCAACAGUUGAAGAGCAAAUAGAUUAUGGGGACGAAGAGUAUGGAGUUAAUCAGAAGAUGCAGUAUCAGGGGGCUGGAGCAAUAUCAGCACUUGCAGAUGAAGAAAUGAUAGGGGAAGAUGAUGAGUAUGAUGACCUAGACAAUGAUGUUAAUGUUGGAGAGGGCUUCCUCCAGAUGCACCGAUCUGAGGCUCCACCUCCUGCUAAUGUGGGAAAUGGACUCCUCCAAGCUCAGAAAAUCGAUGCUCCUGAUCCAAAGGUUGAAGCUGGGAGCACACAUGGGUUAAGUAAUUCUGGGGUUCCAGUUGUAGGGCAUUAUUCUAACACUGGGACACGUUUUCCUGAGCAGGGAGUCCAACUGUCUGUUAAAGGACAGGGAUUGGUAUCUGCUGGCUACCCAGAUGGGUCUUCUGUAUCACAAAAAGGGCAGGUUAUGGAGAUCGCCCAUGAUGCUCAAGUCCGGAAUGUUGGGUUUCAGGGUUCGACAUCUGUGCCCCCAAACAUCGGGGCUGAUAUUGCUGGUAUACCUGUGAGGAUACCCAAUAACCCUGCACCUGCUCUGAAUCCUAACUCCGGCGUUCCACAGAUUCUGACUAAUCAAACUAGCAUGAAUCCAAAUGUGAAUUGUGUUAAUGAAAAUGAGAUCCGACCAUCUGUAGAUAAUGGCUUGACCGUGCUCUAUGUUGGUGAAUUACAUUGGUGGACAACUGAUGCAGAGCUGGAGAAUGUUUUUUCUCAGUAUGGAAGAGUCAAGGAGAUUAAGUUCUUUGAUGAGAGAGCUAGCGGUAAAUCCAAAGGCUAUUGUCAAGUUGAGUUCUAUGACCCUACUGCCGCAGCUGCUUGUAAAGGAGGAAUGAAUGGUUAUCUUUUUAAUGGACGUGCUUGUGUUGUUGCCUUUGCUUCUCCACAAACACUGAAGCAGAUGGGAGCCUCUUAUAACCAAAACCAACCUGAGUCUCAACCUCAGGCUCAGGGAAGGAAGCCCAUGAAUGAUGGUAUUGGAAGAGGUAAUAAUAUGAAUUAUCAAGGUGGGGAUGGAGGGAGGAACUAUGGUAGGGGCUCUUGGGGACGGGGUGGACAGGGAAUGCUAAACAGAGGUCCAGGGGGUGGAGGUCAUAUGAGGGGAAGAGGAGGAAUGGGUGCAAAGAACAUGGGUGGGGCUGGAAUUGGAGGUCCAGCUGGUGGUGGAGGCUAUGGACAAGGCCUUGCAGGUCCUGCAUUUGUGGGUCCUGCUGGCAGUAUGAUGUAUCCUCAAGGUAUGAUGGGAGCUGGAUUCGAUCCGACUUUUAUGGGUCAUGGUGGUUAUGGAGGGUUUUCAGGCCCUGGUUUUCCUGGCAUGCUUCCAUCAUUUCCUGCUGUUAAUGCAAUGGGACUAGCAGGGGUGGCUCCUCAUGUAAACCCGGCCUUCUUUGCUCGGGGAAUGGCACCUAAUGGGAUAAGAAUGAUGGGUUCCUCAAGUAUGGAUGGGCAUCAUGCAGGAAUGUGGGCUGAUUCUGGCAUGGGCGCAUGGGGAGGAGAGGAGCAAGGUCGAAGAACAAGGGAGUCAAGUUACGGUGGUGAUGAUGGUGCUUCUGAAUAUGGCCAUGGAGAGGUGAAUCAUGAAAAGGGAGGUAGGCCAACUGCUGCUUCUCGGGAAAAAGAUCGAGGUUCUGAUCGUGACUGGUCAGGGAACACUGAUAGGAGGCAGCGAGAUGAGAGAGAACAGGAUUGGGAUAGGUCUGAAAGGGAGCAUCGAUAUCAGGAAGAAAAGGAUAACUAUCGUGACCAUCGGCAAAGAGAACGUGACUCUGGUUACAAGGAUGACUGGGAUAGAGGGCAGUCUUCUUCUAGACCUCGGAGCAGGUCGCGUGCAAUGCCAGAAGAAAGUCAUAGGUCUCGUUCAAGGGACGUGGAUUUUGGGAAGAGGAGACACAUGCCGUCAGAGUGAAACAGCUUUGCUGUUCAUCUUUUUCUUUCCUUCUUAUAUAACGUUGCAAUUUAUAUUCGUAGUCUUAGAAUGCCUCCAUUGGGUUUCACCGCAGCAUCCACCAUCAUUCUCUCUGGUUUAAUUGGCGAGCAUCAAGAGCGUGACUUCUUCAGAAGAAGUAAGUUCUACUUCUCUGGCCAUGAGAUAGAUUCCCCCACUUAUUUCAUGCUAAAUUAUGCGGACAUUAAAGUGGUGCUUAAUAUUUGUGUGUUUGAAAACAAUUUAGUAACAUUAAGUGGUAUGUCAAUGUGGACAUUCCGUAUGGGUUUGACUUCAACAUGCUGCAGCUGAGUGUCUACUAGCAUUGGUAUUUGUCCUUUGAAGUCUCUUUUUGAAAAGGUGGUUUUUUGGCUUAAAAUUUCGAUGCAUUUGAAAAUUUCUUUUCUACGUUCUUGUUUAGAUCAUCUGCUACUUUAUGUCCUACUUUUGACUUGCUUGUUAAGUGAUAGCUUUAGCAUCAGUAGAUGCAUGUAACUUGGAAAAGUUGAAAUUUGUUCAUUCGCGGAGAUUCGAAUCAGACUUAUUGUUGUUCCUGUUUAGUUUUGUAUUAAAACGCUUGUCCUUUGUCUUUAUCAUUUACUGGUUUUCAUUUCUUCAGUCCUGUUGUGGGAAAAAA